ACGUCAUGAAACGUCAUCAGAAGUGUCCACUUCAUUUGAGGGCUGAGGGGAUAGGGUGUGUCUUUUAAGUGUUUGGACUGCAACCACACAGAACUGCCCGAUCGUUUUUUCCAUCAUGGCUCCAUCCGCAGACAGGCUGGGAUACUGGGGGCAGCCAACCUCAACGCUAGAUUGGUGUGAGGAUAAUUAUGUCGUCUCUUUCUACAUCGCAGAAUUCUGGAACACUGUCAGCAACCUCAUUAUGAUCCUGCCUCCCAUCUACGGUGCCAUCCAGACGUAUAAAGACGGCCUAGAGUUCCGCUACGUCUACUCUUUUCUGGGACUGGCAGCUGUUGGCAUUGGUUCCUGGUGCUUCCAUAUGACGCUGCAAUAUGAGAUGCAGUUGCUGGAUGAGCUGCCAAUGAUCUACAGCACCUGUGUCUUUGUCUACUGUCUAUAUGAAUGCUUCAAGCAAGAAAACACUCUGAGUUUAUUUCCUAUCACAUUGUUAUUGUUCUUCAGUGUCUCAGUCAGUGUGGUGUAUUUACAAUGGAAAGAGCCAGUAUUUCACCAGGUCAUGUAUGGUGCGCUUGUAGCCUGCUUGGUGAUGCGUUCUAUCUUUAUAGUUACAUGGGUCUACCCCUGGCUCAAACCUAUGUGUUACAUCUCCCUGAGUGUCUUCCUGCUGGGGUUCCUGUUGUGGAACAUUGAUAAUCUAGCAUGUGACUCACUCAGAUCCACCAGACAGAGAUUGCCCCCUGUUGUUGGGGCGGUGACACAGUUCCAUGCCUGGUGGCACAUCCUCACAGGCCUGGGCUCCUACCUACACAUACUCUUCAGCCUCCAGAUACGGUCAAUCUACCUCAAACACAGACCAAAAGUAAAGUUCCUAUGUGGAGUGUGGCCCAUGUUGCACAUGGAGGCUCAGAAGACAAGCUGAGUGGCUGGGGACCAUGAAGGAGGGUGACUACCAUACAACAGGCAUCAGCAAAGGGACCUGACCUGCCAGUCUGCCAACUCCCCCUCUGCUGUCUCUGGGACACAUACUGUACACCCCACUACCAGAGGUCUGGCAGGUCACCCCCCCCCAACCUACCACUCCAGGGACCCUUUUGUUUCACACGGUGUGGAUUUGCCAAGUACAGCAUAGCGUUGAGAGUUGAUAUGGAAUGAUUUUUCUCUUUCAUCGAUCACAAUCGGAUUUUCAUGGUGAUGUUGUAGUGUUUUUGAAGUUCUCAAACAUUUUGAAUGGAUUAAUGUACAUACUUUCCUGUAUGUCGAUGCAUAUAUGAUAUGUAGCUGCCCUGCCCGAACAUGGAUAUUUUCUGGAAAAAGAUUAGGAAAAAAGACAAUAGACAUAAGAACACAUCUAAAUUAUAUUAGUGUAUGUAUUAUAAAAUUCAAUAUGAUACUUUAGCAUAUUCACAAACCAUCAUAAUGUCAGAUGGUCUGGUUGAGCGGCUGUAUUUUUCAUUGGUUAUGUUUAGACCCGGGAACUGGUUUAUACUACCCUAUUUUUUUCAAUAUAAAUGAGCAGGCGCUCUUAUCCAGAGAAACUUAAGCCUUCCGCAUGCUUUGUUUCGGCUGAUGCUUAGCCGAACAAGUGUUCAUAUACUCCCUUAAAAGACCUUCGCUUGAGCCUCCUGAGUGGCGCAGAGGUCUAAGGCAGUGCUAGCUGUGCCACUAGAGAUCCUGUUUCGAGUACAGGCUCUGUCGCUGCUGGCCACGACCGGGAGACCCAUGGGGCGGUACACAAUUGGCCAAGGGUCGUCCGGGUUAGGGGAGGGUUUGGCCGGCUGGGAUGUCCUUGUCCCAUCACGCUCUAGCGACUCCUGUGGUGGGCCGG